UGAAUCUCAAUGCGCGUGACUAAUCGAGUAUUAGAACUACAUUUCCUUUAGGAUAAUUAGUGACAGACAGACAAUGUGCAUUGCCGACAUGCAAUGCAAUUUGUUUUCAUUUAUUUAACGUAGUACGUAAUGGAAUAACAACAAAAGUCAAGAUAUAUUUUAAAUAUUGCAUUUCAUGCUAUGUUUUUAAAGUCUGGGUUGAUUUGCGAUUGAAUCAUAGUUAGGUAUGAUAAUGAAUGAUAAUUCAGUUGCGCGAUAACAAGGGAUUUCAUAGUCAGUAUUUGCUAUUGUUUUAAUAAAAACGUUGAUUAAAUUUAGCGAUAUCGAAAACAAAGAACAAUUUUGUUCUAGAGUUUUAGCUAUUAAGGUGUACAAAAAUGACAAACGAAGAUGACAUAAAUUCCAGCAAUGGGCUACCAAUACCAAAGAGGUCGAUCUCAACGACAAUUGAAUUACCGCUAUUUCUCUCUAUAGUGGCCGUGACCUUAGCAGGACCAGCCAUCAGUAAUAUCAUCCUCUAUAGAACGUGCGUGCAUUAUUUAAAUUAUUCUGUGGCUGAAUGCGAGCCAUUCCUUUCACCCAUUAAAACAAACGCUACGGCACAGUUAGAGGAAGAAGUGCAGAAAUAUUCUACGUAUGUGACGACCGUAAAGAUGGUGCUGGAGUAUGUGUUCCCAGCUUUUCUAUCUUUGUUUCUUGGUGUCUGGUCUGAUACAUACGGCAGAAAACUUUUAAUAGUUUGGCCUUUAUUUGGUUUGACAAUGACGAGCAUGUUACUAGUUAUCUUUGGAAUGAUGGAUAGCUUAGGUCCAUGGUGGCUAAUAUUAACAGCAGUGCCUUUUUCUCUUAGUGGAGGAUUCGUAGUAUUAUUUACUGGUGCCUACUGCUAUGUUAGCGAUACCAGUUCUUCCAGUAGUACGUUAUUAAGAAUGACAAUGAUAGACGCAACUACAUCAUUAGGUAGUGUAUUAGGAGCCACGUGUAGCACUCAUCUGAUUUUAAAAAUAGGAAAUACAUAUUUACUUUUGGUAUCUGCUACAAUCAGUACGAUAGCAUAUGCUUUUACCAACAUAUGGAUAAGGGAAUCCUUGAACGGUGCUUUACAGGGCGGAGUGUCGAAAAUCUUAGACUUAUUACUUAUAAAAGAAAUGGUUCAAGAAUGUUUGAAAGAAAGACCUAAUCGUCAGAGAGCUCAAAUUUUCCUCCUGUGUCUUGUCAGAGUCCUUACAAUUUUAGCCGUUUUUGGAACCGUCGGUUUGGAGUAUCUUUAUACGAGACAAAAACUACAUUGGUCAUUACAAGAAUACACAAAAUACUCAGCAGUGAGCACAGCAAUGUUGUUCCUGGGAGGUUUCUUCGGUGUUGUCGUGGUACAGAAAGUACUUCGUCUUGGAGAUAUAGUCUUUGCAAUAUUUAUAUUGAUCUCAGCUACAGCGGAUAAUUUGAUAAAAUUGUUUGCAAUCAAAUCCUGGCACAUGUACUUAAGUUCCGGAGUAUCGAUAUUCAAAGGUCUAUCGGGCCCGUUAGUGCGAUCGUUUUUGACAAAAACGAUUCCUGUCGAGGACGUUGCUAAAGUUUUAUUUCUAGUAAGCACAGCUGAAAGUAUUUGUCCGAUCAUAUAUCCAGUUAUCUUUAACUCACUGUACGCGAGUACGUUGGCGACUUUUCCUGGUGCUAUAUAUGUUCUCAGCAGCUCGAUGAUAGUGAUCAGUAUAGGUACUUUGGGAUUUGUACAAUAUUUUUCGUGGAAUAGAUCAUCUGGAAAUUAUUCUCCACUUAGUUAUGGUGGUAUAUAAUUCAUCCAAAUUGAAAUAUAUGUAAAGGGAGAGGUUAUUUGUAAUAUGCUCUUCAUAAACAAUUUAUUGUGCAAGUUUUUUGCUAUUUUUAUUUUAAUGGAACACACGUUACGUUAAUUACACACGUUUUUAACAGGUUUUUUGGGUUACCUGUCUAACAUGCCACGUCCGAUAUUUUAUUGGACCCUGAUAUACAUCUUUUAUCGUAGGAAAUGACUGCAUAAGAUUUAUUUAGAUGUCGAAUUAUCUUGAUUAUUGAUAUGCAAUUUAUAAAAAAAUAUAUACAUGAUUAUCUAUGAUAUUUAUGAAUCGUCCAUAAAUGGUUGUUGGCUAUUGAUUUUUGGAAUUCGGUUGAUCCUACUUUUAUAUUUUGUUUAUUAUUGAUAUUGCCCUACUGAAAAAACUACGACACCUAUUUAUAUAUAUAAAUGGUAUAACAAAAGAUGCAGUGCGAUUCGGAGUUUAAGUAUACCAUACCUAGCAGACAGAUUUGUUUUGUUGUCUAGCGACGAUUUUGCCUGUUAUCAUUAUCUGUGGUCAUUGUCAAACAUACUUGUGCAAGUCUAUUGUUAUUCGUGGCUAGCAAAAAAAAUUGAAUGUAUUCAUGACAAGUAUUUUAGAAGCUACCUCUAAAGUAAAAUCUUAUAUUUCUAAAAAAACUGUGAUAUUAAAAAUUACAUUUUAUUGAUAUAGACAAAAUGUUUUAUAUUUUUAAUUUUUUGGGCAUUGUCAGAAUCAAUUAAGUAUUAUUUGUAUUAUUAAUCAAUAUUUGUACGUACUUAACAAAAGUAUUCUUUAUUAUAAUUAACUAGGUAUAGAUAGUUAGAAUUCGUUUUUAUUCUUUUUAUUUUAAUAAAUUGUGUACCAUUGAAUUGUGGCACCAUUAAAUCUAUCUCGCGAUAUUGUCAACUGCCAAAAAGAUCGUAAACCAUAACAAAUUCUGUUAAUAAUUAACGAAUAUUAAUCGAAAAAUUAGAAAAUUUUAUGUUUAAGUUGUAUGAAGAUUCAGCAAUUUACAUUCUCGCAAGAUAGACAGAUAUACACCCUAACUGAGUAUUAUAUAGAUUGUGAUCCCUUGUGAUUGUAUAAAAAUAAUUAUAAGUCACAACUUUCAGAAAAAAACUUAUGGAUUGAUAUGAUACAGUUGUACAAAAUAAAACUUUUACAUUGAAA